AUGUUCGUGUCAUCCGAAAGUGAACCUCGGGACCCCGGUGACUCCGGCGUCAGUGCCUUCCUAGCAGCGAGUGCGAGCCGACCCGCUUCCUCAUGGAUCCAAGGAUGCUACACGAUCUCGCCCGGGAAUUCGGGUCUCUCUUCCAACAACGUGAAUUCCGUUCGUCGUUUCCGUCGGGCCGACGCGUUCCCUUCGUCUUCCCGAUCGCUCGUCGUCUCGUUCCGCGUCGUCGCCGGAUCGCGUGCGAUCGGCGAGCGAAGACGGAGACGAAAGGGGCUCGGCCGCCUCGAGAAGGCGCAGGGAGAGGGAACGUUUUCGAGAUUCCUCGUAUUUUCGGACGAAAUCGCGUACUUGCUCGACCGUUCCUCGAGUCUGCCGAUUUCGUCCGAAGACCGAAAUCGUCGGGCGAGACUGGGAGGAGGGAGGCAGUUGGGAUCCCGACAGUUCGGGAGCGGGAUCGGGAACGAUUCGUCUUCGACCGGAAACUCCACCGGCUUCUCCAUCGAACAACUCCUCACCGAUCCUCCGGUGAUCCUGGCGACGACCGUGGCGCUGCUGAUGGUGACUCUCAUGUUUCCUCUCUUGGCCAUCUUCCUCGGCUUCUCCAUGGCGGGAUCGCAGGACUCCAGCGCCAACAAGGACGAAGGAGGAGGAGGCACCCCGGCCGAAGGAGGGAUGUCCUCGGGGACCGGCGAGGGAGACUUCAUCGCACCCGCCAAGCGAUUCAUCGCCUCCGUCUACAACUGAAGGGCGAGGAAAAACACGGAAUUCACUUCUCACCGGCAGUCGAGUGCAUGUAUUCGCAACGAGUCUGGCCGAACGAGCAUCGAUAAAUAAAGAGAUUCUUUCCUCU